UAACCACAAUCAGUCUCAGUUCAUUGGUCGAAGGGUUUGUUCAACUGUCGACGUGCGCCGAAUUUGUUCAGUAUUCAGAGUUUGUGUGUUGAUAACAGCCCAAUAAAUUUCGACUGUUGACUUUUGCUGGCUUAACCAUUCUCGCUGAAAGCGCACCAGACCAGAGUAGUAGGAAUCAAGCACUCGCCAAGUGAGCUUCGUCGCCUUCCUCGCUUCGCAAAUAGUCACCAUCAACGGUCAGAAUGGGUAAAGUUCAGCUCUACACCGCCAAGCUGAGUCCUCCGGGUCGUGCAGUUGAGAUGACCGCCAAGUAUCUUGGGUUGGAGUUGGACAUUCACCCGAUAAAUCUGCUCGCUGGCGAUCAUCUGAAACCGGAGUUUGUCAAGAUGAACCCCCAGCACACGAUCCCACUGAUUGUCGAUGGGGAUGGUACGAUCGUUUACGACAGUCACGCUAUUAUCAUCUACCUGGUGAGCAAAUACGGCAAGGACGAUUCGCUAUACCCACAGGACGCUGCAACACGCGCGAAGAUCAAUGCGGCACUUCACUUCGAUUCGGGGGUAUUGUUCGCUCGUUUUCGAUUCUACUUCGAGCCAAUUCUGUACUUCGGAAGUACCGAUAUACCGCAGGACAGGAUCGACUAUUUGAAGAUAGGCUACCAACUGUUGAACGAUAUGAUCGUGGAUGACUACAUCGUUGGUAAUCAGCUGACCUUGGCGGAUCUCAGCUGCAUCACUAGCAUUGCCUCUUACCAUGCCUUUUUUCCAUGCCUUUUCGAUUCGGCACAGUUCCCUAAACUGGCCGCUUGGGUGGAACGCAUGAAGAAGCUACCGUACUACAAGGAAAUCAAUCAGGACGGUGCUGAAGAAUUUGCCACGGUUUGUCAAGAUAAACUCGCUCAGAAUCGUGCUGCGAAGAAGUGAGUAUUUAUAACUGUCUGCGCGAAUAAUAAAGUUGUACUAUGAUUACAA